GUUAUCGUUGUGAUCACUGCAAGAAAGUCCUCACCACUUCAUCAGGUCUGAGAAAACAUAAGAUGAUUCACACUGGAGAUAAACCGUUCAGUUGUGAUCAGUGUGGAGCAGCUUUUACCAGAAAAUAUCAUCUAAAGAUACACCAACGUAUUCACACUGGAGAAAACCCGUUCACUUGUGAUCAGUGUGGAGCAGCUUUUACUGAGUCAGGAAAGCUAAAGAUUCACCAACGUAUUCACACUGGAGAAAACCCGUUCACUUGUGAUCAGUGUGGAGCAGCUUUUACUGAGUCAGGAAAGCUAAAGAUUCACCAACGUGUUCACAAUGGAGAUAAACCGUUCACUUGUGAUCAGUGUGGAGCAUCUUUUACCCAACAAAGUCAUCUAAGCACUCACCAACGUAUUCACACUGGAGAUAAACCAUUCACUUGUGAUCAGUGUGGAGCAGCUUUUACACAACAAAGUCAGCUAAGCACUCACCAACGUAUUCACACUGGAGAUAAACCAUUCAAUUGUGAUCAGUGUGGAGCAGCUUUUACCAGAAAAGAUCAUCUAAAGAUUCACCAACGUAUUCACACUGGAGAUAAACCGUUCACUUGUAAUCAGUGUGGAGCAGCUUUUACCACAUCAGGUAGUCUAAUGAUUCACCAACGUAUUCACACUGGAGAUAAACCGUUCAGAUGUGAACAGUGUGGAGUAGCUUUUACUGAGUCAGGAAAGCUAAAGAUUCACCAACGUAUUCACACUGGAGAUAAACCAUUCAGAUGUGAUCAGUGUGGAGCAUCUUUUACCCAACAAGGCAAUCUAAGCAGACACCAACGUACUCACACUGGAGAUAAACCAUUCAGAUGUAAUCAGUGUGGAGCAUCUUUUACCCAACAAAUGCAUCUAAGGAGACACCAACGUACUCACACUGGAGAUAAACCGUUCAGAUGUGAACAGUGUGGAGCAGCUUUUACUGAGUCAGGAAAGCUAAAGAUUCACCAACGUAUUCACACUGGAGAUAAACCAUUCAGAUGUGAACAGUGUGAAGCAGCUUUUACCACAUCAAGUGAUCUAAGGACUCACCAACGUAUUCACACUGGAGAUAAACCGUUCAGAUGUGAUCUGUGUGGAGCAGCUUUUACCCAACGAGGUAGUCUAAUGAUUCACCAACGUAUUCACACUGGAGAUAAACCGUUUAGGUGUGAUCAGUGUGGAGCAGCUUUUACCACAUCAGGUAGUCUAAUGAUUCACCAACGUAUUCACACUGGAGAUAAACCGUUUAGGUGUGAUCAGUGUGGAGCAGCUUUUACCCAACGAAGUCAUCUAAAGAGACACCAACGUACUCACACGAGUGAUAAACUCUAAAGAUGUGAUCAGUGUGAAGUGUGGAAUUGCAAAAAACACCUCUGCACAGCAAAAAAAAAAAGCGAAAUAAUCAGACAACGUCAUACCUAAAACUUG